UCGAGUUUUGUAAGCCCCGUAGCGUGAAUUUCUCACGUUGAUCCACACCGGCGUUCUUUCUUUGAAAGUGUAAAAUUGUGAUUGGGAAAUUCAGUUCAGAAUGGCAGAAGGAGACACAGCAACAACAAAUGAUCAAGACAUGACAGAAGAUAAAAAAGAAGAGGUUGAACCUAUGGAACAUUCAGGGGAAGGUACUGAUGAAAAUGAAUACGAAUUUAAAGGAGAACACACAGAAGACUAUCAAAAACUUCUAGAUUAUGGACUGAAUGGGGUUUCCAACAAAUUAGAUGAAAUAUUUAUAUCUGGGAAGUUGGCAUAUGCAGACUUGGACGAACGUGCAUUAGAUGCCCUAAAGGAGUUUCCCACUGAUGGUGCAUUAAAUGUGCUGAAACAAUUCCUCGAUAGCAGCCUAGAACAUGUUUCCAAUAAAAGUGCUUUCUUAUGUGGAAUAAUGAAAAUGUACAGACAGAAGAGUAAAUUGGGUGGAUCAUCAUCAACAGCUACAACAAAGGGUCCAGAUGAAGAUAAAAUUAAAGAAAUUUUAGACAGAACAGGAUACACACUUGAUGUAACAACUGGACAAAGAAAGUAUGGAGGUCCACCACCAGACUGGGAUGGACCUCAGCCAGGUGCUGGUUGUGAAGUUUUCGUCGGAAAAAUUCCAAAAGAUCUCUUUGAAGAUGAGCUUAUUCUUCUCUUUGAAAAAUGUGGAAAAAUCUGGGAUUUAAGGCUCAUGAUGGACCCACUUAGUGGCCAAAAUCGUGGAUAUGCAUUUAUCACAUACUGUAACAAGGAUGGAGCACAUAAUGCUGUAAAAGAGCUGGAUAAUUAUGAAAUCAAAAAGGGCAAGACCCUGAAAGUCAAUAUAUCAGUUCCAAACCUUCGUCUUUUUGUGGGUAACAUCCCAAAGAGCAAGAGCAAAGAGGAGAUCUUUGAAGAAUUUGGUAAAUUAACAGCUGGAUUGAGUGAUGUAAUCAUCUACAGCUCACCAGAUGAUAAAAAGAAAAAUAGAGGGUUUUGUUUCCUAGAAUAUGAAUCUCACAAGGCUGCAUCUUUAGCUAAAAGAAGAUUAAGCACUGGACGAAUAAAAGUUUGGGGUUGUGACAUCAUCAUUGAUUGGGCAGAUCCACAGGAAGAACCUGAUGAAGAAACCAUGAGUAAGGUUAAAGUAUUGUAUGCAAGAAAUUUAACUGCAUCAGUAACUGAAGAAAAAUUAAAGGAAAUGUUUGAAAAUUAUGGAAGAGUUGAAAGAGUGAAAAAAAUUAAGGACUAUGCAUUUGUCCACUUUGAAGACCGUAAUAAUGCAGUGAAAGCAAUGAAUGCACUUAAUGGCAAAGAUGUAGAAGGAGGGAUGAUAGAAAUUUCACUAGCAAAACCUCCAUCAGAUAAGAAAAAGAAGGAAGAGGUGCUAAGAAAUCGAGAAAAGAGAAUGAUGGGCAUAAUGCAACAGAGAUCGAUGAUGAUGGGAAUUCCCCCACAGCCUCGUGGUCGAGGUGGAAGAAUGCCUCCGCCUGGACCCAGAAAUUAUGAUUAUGACUACGACUAUUACGGGUAUGGUGACUAUUGUGGAGGAUAUGCUGAUCCCUACUAUGAUGAUUAUUAUGGCCCUUAUGAUGACUAUUAUGACUAUGACUAUGACUACGGAUAUGUUCCACCGCCGCCACCGCCAAGAACACGAGGAGGACCAGAUAGGGUGCAUGGUGGACAUGGUGGAAUGAUGCCCCGUGGUCGUACCCCUGGUCUGGGUCACCCUCAUGGCAGGGUUCCGGCCACUAUCCCCCGAGGUCGAGGUAUCCGUGGAAAUUUGACUCUUCAAGAUGCGAUUGGCCAAGGUGGUUUCCAGCUGUCUCGCCUCAAUUAG